AUGUUGUCGGUCCUCGCAGUCGCGCCCUACGCGAUCGGGCUUCUUGCCUUUGUCUUUAUAUUCUUUUUCGGCUAUCCAUAUGUGCAAUAUCUUCGCGACCCCAAGGGACUGCGCAAGUAUCCCAACCUCCAUCCAAUCUCCGGAUUCUCUGCAAUUCCUUUCAUGAUGAUGGCUUCGCGAGGAUUCAGGUCCAAGGAGCUGGCCGAAUUGCAUAAAAAGCAUCCUGUGAUCCGAACAGGGCCUAACAUGCUAUCCUACGGAGAUGUUCGUGCGAUCAAAGACAUCUACGGGCACAAUACCAAAUGUACCAAGGACAGCUCUUACCUGAUCACCUCCGGUUCUCACUUCAAUCUUGCCGAUGUCGUGGACAAGCCAGACCAUGCAAGAAAGCGCAAGGUGCUCUCCUCGGCAUACGCACUGAAGAAUUUGGAGAGUUGGGAAUAUAAAGUCACCGACAAAAUCCAAAGAAUGUUCAAACACUUUGAUCAAGUCUGCACAAUGGCUCCCAAGGAAGAUGUCGCCUCUGGCCGAGUGGCCCCAGAUCAAAACGACCUCACUCUGGACCUACGUGCGUGGAACAACUUCUUUACCCUUGAUGCCAUUGCCGAUAUUGGACUGUCCGAGAAACUGGGCUUCCUAGACCAAGGCAAUGAUAUGUGUAUUGCUGAGAGGAAAGAUGGAUCAACAUACACGACAAGUCUACGGGAUGCACUCUACCCAACGGCUCGCAAACAGUCCUACAUUCUAUGGAACUACGACUGGUACCCCACUCUCAACAAGAUCGUCAACGUGAUCCCCUAUUUCAACGAAAUGCAAACAGCAGGCGACAACUGGGAAAAUAUCAUGUGGCGCCGCGGAAACGAAAGACUACGCCGUUACGAAGCAGGCGAAAAGCUCGAUGAUUUCUUCCAAGCCCUCAUGGAAGAUAAGAACGGGAACCCAAACAACCUCGAAUGGGGCGAGGUGGUUGCCGAAUGCAAUAUCAUGAUGAACGCAGGCAGCGUGACGACUGCUGUUGCCAUUACAAAUGUCAUGUACCAGCUACUUCGAAACCCUCGCACGCUAGCCAAGCUCCGGGAAGAACUGGACAAUGUUCUUGACGAGGACGAAUAUGUUGCGGACUACGAUAAAGUCAAACAUCUUCCAUACCUACGCGCCUGCCUGGAUGAGUCGCUGAGAAUCUUUCCUCCGACCUCCCAUGGCCUCCCCCGAGAGACACCUCCAUCGGGCACGAAUAUCCUUGGCGAAUGGGUUGCUGGUAACACUUCCGUUAGCAUGUCGGCCUAUGUCGCUCAUCGCGAUGAGGGUGUUUUCCCCAAUGCGGACCAGUAUAUUCCUGAGCGAUGGCUUGGGGAGGAAGGCAAAUCCCUUCAGCGGUACUUGAUUGCUUUCUCUGCCGGGGCUCGUUCCUGCAUUGGUCGCAAUAUUUCUUACUUGGAACAAAUAAAAGCAGUCGCUUCUAUGGUACAUCGGUAUGAGUUUGCUUUGGCCUACCCUGGAUGGGAGUUGAAGCGGGAGGAGACUAUGAAUUUGAUUUUGAAGGAUAUGCCCGUAAAGAUUUGGCGGCGCAACAUGGAGAAGAUUGAGUGA